GAAUUGAGACUUGGAGGUAUGAACAAGGCGAGAUCCUAGAACGGAGGAGUUCGCAACUUGGCAACAUCUGGCGCGCAUGCGCACUGGCGUGUCGCGGAUGCACGGAUCUCGGAGUCCCCACAGAAGCGCAUGCUCCUGCACUUGCGCGUGCACGAGCCUGGAGAGCCGACGUGCGCGCGUCUGGUGUAUAAGGCGGUUGGUAUCCUAGAGUUGGUGCAGUGCGAUUCGAGGUGACGUGGGGGAAACUACGAGGCGGAAGGAUGAUUCCGGGAGUUCUAGCCCCAGAAGGGUCGUGGUGACCGCUGCGGGCCAGAUGCUCCAGGGCUCCGAGAAGCCCUUGCGGCCUGCCUUUUGCGCGAGCGCCCACGUUAGGGCAGGCCCGGGUUUCCGGUUGUGCGUUAGCUGGGGGAAGAAGCGGGGACCGGGCGUGGAGAGGGGGAUGGGGUGGAGCCGGAACCUUAGCAUGUCCCCCGGAGCAGGUCCGCCUGCGCCCUCCCCCAGGCUUUCUUAGCUUUAGACCCAGGAGGGAGUUGUCCUGGUUGUUCAGGAUCUUCGACCCUAAAGGACUGGGAUGUAAUCGGGAAAUCAUUGUGUUAGGUUUACAUUAAUCGGGAUACUUGUUAAACGCGUUACCCCUCAUUUGCUGCCGUCUGCAAAGUUCAUUAGGAAUCAUCAGGUCCGGAAUUACAGCCCUGACUUUGCCAGAUUUGAAAAUCCAGCCCUGCCAGCUACGAGAGGUCCAGCUCAUGCUGAUCGCUCAUCUACGAAGGGGGAAGGAGGACCUUUAAUUGCACUCGUUUUUGUUUUUUGUUUUUUUAAUCCUGGAGGAAACCUUAAAAUCAAAUUCAGACAACUCACCAUCGUUACUGUUGCCGGGUACUUUGUGGCUGUGGAAGCAUCUGUAAGGACCAAAAGAGUAUUAAUAAAAUGACCUUCUAAAAACUUAUCAAAGUAAUAUAUAUACGAGAUUUAAAGAUCAAAUCAUUCCCAGCCUUUCCCCCCUGGAAAUUACAUAAACUACAUUUAACCAAUAACAAUAACUUCUUAAUACCCAUCUCUCCUUAAUAUAACAGUUUGAUUUUUUUUUUUAAUUUCCUCCUGUUGCUUCACUUUAUUACAAUGCCUAACACUUCAUUAUAUGCUUUUUCUAAAAGUCAUGGUUAUUGUGUAAUGUAUAAAUGUUAUGAGCUUGGAAAAUUUUUCAUGAAUAAUUUCUAGCUAAUGUUUCUUAGUUGAAUUUAGUUUAGGCAUCUGUUUUGGUGAAGUGGUUAGAGUUUUGAAUACUGUCUUUAUGGGUCAACUUCAAGUGUGAUGAUGAUUUCCCUUUAGGGAAUGUGGGAUUUACAAAGGAGCAGUGAAAAUUAUGAAAUUAUAAAUGCUGCUCUGGAUGUUAAAUCCAUUGCACCAAACAUGAACUGUGUGGUCUGCCUAGAGAUCAGAGCUAUACAUUUUUGUUUUGUUUUACAAUUUGGUUUAAUAAAUUUCAUUUACAUCAAAUGAUAUUUCUUCAUAAUGCUCGGGAAAAAAUGGGUAGUGCUGUGUAAGUGAAGCUUUGAUAGUAUGUGUGUGUUUCCUCCCUUAGGCAAUUAUUUCUCGUCAGGAAAGGAAACCACUGCCUGGCAGUCUCACCAGUUUCUGCUUGCCAUGAUCAAGUGCUUGUCAGAUGAAGUACAAGCCAAAUUGCGUUCUGGUUUGGCCAUAAGCUCUUUAGGCCAAUGUGUUGAGGAACUUGCCCUCAACAGUAUUGAUGCUGAAGCAAAAUGUGUGGCUGUCAGGGUGAAUAUGGAAACCUUCCAAGUUCAAGUGAUAGACAAUGGAUUUGGGAUGGGGAGUGAUGAUGUAGACAAGGUGGGAAAUCGUUAUUUCACUAGUAAAUGCAGCUCUGUACAGGACUUGGAGAACCCAAGCUUUUAUGGUUUCCGAGGAGAGGCCUUGGCAAGUAUAGCUGACAUGGCCAGUGCUAUGGAAAUUUCAUCCAAGAAAAACAGGACAAUGAAAACUUUUGUAAAACUGUUUCAAAAUGGAAAAGCUCUGAAGGCUUAUGAAGCUGACUUGAUUAGACCAAGUGCUGGGACAACAGUGACCGUAUAUAACCUAUUUUACCAGUUACCUGUGAGGAGGAAAUGCAUGGAUCCUAGGCUGGAGUUUGAGAAGGUCAGACAGAGGAUAGAAGCUCUCUCACUCAUGAACCCUUCCAUUUCUUUCUCUUUGAGAAAUGAUAUUUCUGGUUCCAUGGUUCUUCAACUCCCUAAAACCAAAGACAUAUGUUCCCGAUUUUGUCAAAUUUAUGGACUUGGUCGAUCCCAAAAGUUAAGAGAAAUAAAUUUUAAAUAUAAGGAGUUUGAGCUCAGUGGAUAUAUCAGCUCUGAAGCACAUUAUAAUAAAAAUAUGCAGUUUUUAUUUGUGAACAAAAGACUAGUUUUAAGGACAAAGUUACAUAAACUCAUUGAUUUUUUAUUAAGGAAAGAAAGUAUUAUAUGCAAGCAAAAGAAUAGCUCUGCCAGUAGGCCAAUGAACUCAAGUCCUCGCCAUCGGUCUAACCCAGAAUUUCAUGGGAUAUAUGUAAUCAAUGUGCAGUGCCAAUUUUGUGAGUACGAUGUAUGCAUGGAACCAGCAAAGACUCUAAUAGAGUUUCAGAACUGGGAUACUCUCUUGGUUUGCAUUCAGGAAGGAGUGAAAAUGUUUUUAAAGCAAGAAAAAUUAUUUGUGGAAUUAUCAGGUGAGGACAUUAAAGAAUUUAGUGAAGAAAAUGACUUUAAUGUAUUUGGUGCUACUCUUCAGAAGCAUGUGUCCUCUGAUGAGAAGUAUGACCAGGUCAGUUUCCAGGAAGCAUGUCAUAAUAUUUUGGACUCUUAUGAAAUGUAUAAUCUGCAAUCAAAAGCUGUGAAAAGAAAAGCUAGUACAGAAAAUACAAACACACAGAAUUCUGUCGGUUCAAAAGCAAUCAAAAAAAAGACAAAUGAUUCAUUUUUGUCCACCUAUAAACAAGAUGGCCCAGGCCAUAGUAAAACAAUGGAGUCAUCUUUACAAAACAAAGAUAGCUCUUGCUCAGAGUCAAGGAUCCUAGAACAAGAGACAGUCGAAGUUCCAGAAUCAGAAAAAAAUGAGAAACAUAAAAAAGCUCUCUUGGAAAUUAAUUCUUCAGAAAAUCUAUGUGGAACCAGUUCAGAAAUGUUUGUAAGCCCCUUUCAAGCACCAUAUCACUUUGAGGAUAGUGGGGAAGAUCUAGAAAUGCAGAAAGUAAGUACUGUUGUUAAUGGUGUGGCUGCCAAUAUCCUCAAAAGUGAUAGAAUUCAGAAUCAACUAGAGAUAUUUAAAGAUGCUACUGAAAUGGGACGCCAACCUCUGCCUUUUGAGACAAUAAUACUGAGGACACAUGGUGCUCAGAGAGAAGAGAAAAGAAAAAAAGAACCUGGCAGUUGUGGGGAAAAAAACAUUUUUAGUUAUGGACAAGUUAAAUUAUGUUCCACUGGCUUUAUAACUCAUGUGGUACAAAAUGAGCAAACUAAAUCAACUGAAACAGAACAUUCAUUUAAAAAUUGGGUUCGACCUGGUCCUGUGAGUGCCAGAGAAUCGUUUGGAAAUAGAACACAACAUUCAGUUGAGAUGCCAAACAUGAAAGAUUUAACCAGUGCUGUAAGUGAAGAAUCUGUUCAACUGCCCAACAAAAAAUUUUCCAGAUCAAAUAUAAAUUGUGGGCUAGAGAACAAACCUAUUGCAACUUAUAGUAGUUUUGCUGUUUUUCAGGAAGGUAGUAAAAAAUCACAUCCAGGUUGCUUAUUACUUGAUACAUCCACCUCUUUUCCUUGGUAUAUACAUGUUUCAAAUGAUGGUAAGAAAGCAGAUAAAUUGAUUGGUUCCUUCAAACCCAAAGCCCAUAAGAAACUAAGCUUGAGUUCACAAGUAGGAUCUUUAGAGAAGUUUAAGAGGCAAUAUGGGAAGGUUAAAAAUCCUCUGAAUACAGAAGUGGAGGAAAAUAAUAAUUUUGAAGUCACUACCAAUCUUAGUCCUCAAAUUGAGCCCGACAUUUCACUGAAAGACGAGAACCACUUAGACAACUCUGAUAUUUGUAAAACCACUACUUUGAAACAUAAUGAUUCAAAUGGUAAUUGUCAGCCAGUAAGUCACAUACUUUCUUCAGAGAAGUUUCCAUUCUCCAAGGAAGAAGACUGUUUGGAACAAGAGAUAACUUGUUUGAAAGAAAGUCCUAUAACUCUAAAGGAGUUAUUUCUCUCUAACAGAAAACCUUUAAAUGUUGAGAAGUCACCUGAAUCACUAGCCUCUAAAUUAUCCAGAAUGAAGGGUUCUGAAAGAGAGCCUCAAACAAUAGAGAUUAUGAAUCAUUUUAACAAACUUCGACAAUCAGACUCCAGUAGGAAUGAUGGUGACUUGUGCAGUGGGUUAACUCUAGAUUCUUGUAAGUUAUAUAAAAAUGAGCAUAAAAGAACAGAAAGUGGCAUCAUCCUAAUGUCAAACACUGUCACACAAGCUAAUUCCAUCAAUAAAGAUAGAGAAACAUAUUCUAACAACAGUACAACAGAAAACUGUAUGAUACCAGAAAUGACUUUGGAAUUACCCUAUGAUAAUUCUCCUAAAGUUAUCAGUAAAGAUUCAGAUGUUCUUACCAUAUCUUCAGAACAACAACUAGGAAGUCCUGAUGCCCCCAGUCAAAUAUUAAUGAAUCACAUAGAAGAUUCCACAGCUGACCAAAAUGGAGCUUGUUUACAGACUGAGGAAUCUAAAACAGGAGCUUGUUCUGAAAAUGAAGAGUCUAGCUCACAUUCUUUGGACUGGCAGCAGCAUUUUGAUGUAGCCCUAGGAAGAAUGGUUUAUAUCAACAAAAUAACUGGACUUAGCACGUUCAUUGCUCCUGCUGAGGAUAUUCGGACUGCUUGUACUCAAGACCUAACAACUGUGGCUGUGAGUGUUAUACAUGAGAGUGGGUCUCAGUACAGGUGUCAUCCUUUUAGAAGCGAACUUGUUCUUCCUUUCCUUCCUAGAACUCGGGAAGAGAGGACUGUGAUGAGACAGAAUUACAGAGAUGCUGUGGAUGACACUGUUGGUACUGAAUCACUUCAGUCUUUGUUCUCAGAAUGGGACAAUCCAGUAUUUGCCCGUUAUCCAGAGGUUGCUGUUGAUGUAAGCAGUGGCCAGGCUGAGAGCUUAGCAGUUAAAAUUCACAACAUCUUGUAUCCCUAUCGUUUCACCAAAGAAAUGAUUCAUUCAAUGCAGGUUCUUCAGCAAGUGGAUAACAAGUUUAUUGCCUGUCUAAUGAGCACUAAAACUGAAGAAAAUGGCGAGGCAGGUGGAAACCUGCUAGUAUUGGUAGAUCAGCAUGCUGCCCAUGAGCGUGUCCGUUUGGAACAGCUUAUUAUUGAUUCCUAUGAGAAACAACAGCCACAAGGCUCUGGCCGGAAAAAAUUACUGUCUUCCACUAUAAGCCCUCCCCUAGAGGUGACAGUGACAGAAGAACAGAGGAGACUCUUAUGGUGUUACCACAAAAAUCUGGAAGAUCUGGGCCUUGAAUUUAUAUUUCCAGAUACUAGUGAUUCUCUGGUCCUUGUGGGAAAAGUACCACUCUGUUUUGUAGAAAGAGAAGCCAAUGAACUUCGAAGAGGAAGAUCUACUGUGACAAAGAAUAUUGUGGAGGAAUUUAUUCGAGAACAAGUAGAGCUACUCCAGACCAUAGGAGGCAUCCAAGGGACUUUGCCACUGACUGUCCAGAAGGUGCUGGCAUCCCAAGCCUGCCACGGGGCCGUUAAGUUUAAUGAUGGUCUGAGCCUAAAGGAGUGUUACCGCCUUAUUGAAGCUUUGUCCUGGUGCCAGCUGCCAUUCCAGUGCGCUCAUGGGAGACCUUCUAUGCUGCCAUUAGCUGACAUAGACCACUUGGAACAGGAAAAACAGAUGAAACCCAAUCUUGCUAAACUUCACAAAAUGGCCCAGGCCUGGCAUCUCUUUGGAAAAGCAGAAGGACGUGAUACAAGGCAGAGCCUGCAGGUAUCCAUGCCUCCUUGUGAGCCACAAUGAGGACAAAAUUUGUGAUUGGUAAGGAACCAAAGGGAUGACAACUGCUUGCCUCUAAGCAGGCAGCAUGAGCAGCAGGUACCAGAGGUCUUGACUGAAUCAGCCUGGUGCACCCAGCAACUUCAAGAGGACAGGGCCCUUCUUAUUGGUCUUUCUCAAACAGAUGACCCCUCUAGGAGUAGCCAGAGGGAGUUCAGGCCUGAAGACAAUGCAUUCAUUCAUUUGCAUCCAUGGACACAGGAGGGUGCCAUAUAAUAUCUAAUUUUUGUAACUUAUUUGGAGAUAAAAUUCUAUGAUUAAUUGUCUGA